AUGGACAAUAAUGCCUCGGGAUUAAACCGCAAGAGGAUACCGGCAGAUAUACCUCCCCUGCAUCCCACCUCCGCCGCACCCGUCACUGCCACCAUCGCCGCAGACCGCGGCUCAGAGUAUAGCCUCCCCCUCCUCACCUCCCCCUACUCACCUCCCCUUCCUCACCUCCCCUUCCUCACCUCCCCCUCCUCACCUCCCUCUCCUCACCUCCCCCUCCCCACCUCCCCCUCCCCACCUCCCCCUCCCCACCUCCCCCUCCUCACCUCCCCCUCCCCACCUCCCCCUCCCCACCUCCCCCUCCCCACCUCCCCCUCCCCCUUCCGCCUCCCCCUCCGCCUCCCCCUCUCCCUUCCUCCCUCUCUCCCUCCCCCUCCCCCUCCACCUCCACCCCCCCCUCCCCCUUUCCCCCCCUCCCCCUCCCUCUUUCCCUCUCCCUCCCCCUCCCCCAAACCUCUUCCUCCCCCUCCCCCUCCUCCUCCCCCUCCCCCUCUCACCCUUCCCCACUCCCCCCCUUCCCCCUCCCACUCCCUCUCUGCCCGCGCUCUCUUCCUCCCUCCUCACAAUCCAACAUGUGUUCCGCACCACCCCUCCUUCCACCCCUUUCGUUCCCCUUGCUCCCACUCCCACAUGGUACUCCUCUCCGCCCUGCUCUUCGUCUCUCUCUACCUUGAUAAUCCCUCGCACCCCACCGUUCCCAGAUAUUCCUCAGCUGUGCCCCAUGUACCUUUCUCGUCUCUCACCCCCCCUCUAACCUGUGUCGUUUUCUUCGUAUUUCCUUCCCUUUCCUUCUCCAAGUCCCACAUGUUCCUCCCUCCCUCCUCUCCGCCCUGGUUGUCGUCUACCUCUUUCUCAACUCCCACCACCUCUCUCCCCUGGCUGUGUUCCUCCUCUGCCGGCGCACAUAUCGCGCAUGUGCGCAUGCUCCCAAUCCUCCAUUCCCAAAUGUUCUUCCUCAACUUGCCCCACCCACCUCUCCAUGCCGUGAUGUUUCCCUCCCUCCCAUUCCCAGAUAUGUUCCUCGUCUCUGCCCUGGUGGUCGUUUAUUUCUUCCUCGACUCGCACCGCCUCUCCGCCCGCACUCUCUUCCUCCUCGACUCGCUCUCUCUCGCUGCCGGUGUGCUGCUCUCCUCCCUCGCUUCCCUGCACCUGCAGCGACACAAACACCUGCAGCAGCACUUGAAGGGGGAGCAGAUGAAGCAGCAGCAGCAACAGCAGCAGCAACAGCAGAAGCAACAGCAGCAGCAGCAACCGCACCCAUCUGCACUACAGGCCACCCCUCCUCCCUCCUCCACUCCCCCGUCCCCAUCCCUGUCCCUCCCACCUCCCACGCUCCUCGAUCUCCUCUCUGCCUCUCGCCUCCCUCGCCUCAUCGUCGACUGCUCCAUCUUUGUGUUUGGUCUCUACCUCCUCUCCCCGAUCCUCCACACUCUCACUCAAUCCAUCAGCUCUGACACUCCUGCUGCCGUCGCUGCUGCACCACUGGCGGCGCGCUAA